AUGAUGAUGAUGACGACGAUGAUGAUGUGCAGAGUAGAGAGACGCUUGAAGAGAAUAGUAAGAUGAAGGAGAAAAUGGAUCAGCUGCGAAUCAAUAUGGAGAAAAUCAGCCUCACCAAAAAGAAAAAGCACUUGAAGGCUCCAUCACCUGGACCAGGCCCCCACUCUAGUGUGGCACGCAUGAGACUGCGGGGCCUUACCAGUGCCGGGAGAUCACCCAGCGCUACCCUAGCACAGACGCUCAACAAGAAUAUGUGCCUGCCUCCUGUGGGGCACACUUUUGUCGGUUCUCAGAUUGCGGAAGUUGAUGCUUCCUCUGGAGCCACAAGUUCUUACUCUGUAGCUGUGAACACAUUGGCUCAAACUGCAGCAGCAGGAGAAUCGGAACCCUCACUGCUGGCAGUGACAACAAAAGCCGCAGCUCUUUCCAUCACAACAGCAGACGCCAGUGUUCUAGACAAAAGUGAGUCUGCUGCCUCACAAGCAGAAGUUGUUACAGUCACCAGCAGUGAGAUGAGUGAUGACAUUGGAGCAGAGGGCGGUAUUACAACCUCCAAUACAACCACCACUUAUGUUUCAGCUACUGAUGUUCCACCACUCAUACCCCAUCCUCCUUUUGGUGGAACCAGCCUUCGUCGGGGUCUUCUAAGACUCAGUGGACUAUCGGAAACGGCUCAUAAUUUUACAGCAGCAUCGGCCAGAAGACAUGAGGCAUUGUCGGUGCUAGAGACACUUCAGGAAGCAAGAAGUCUGAAUCACCCACAUUUUCUGGGUGGGACGGAUGAUGAAAAUAGCAAGAUGCCUGGAAAGAGAAAAGUUUCUGAAAAAUGGAACAGUUCUACAGCUGGUCAUGCUGUCUGCGGCGACCCAUACAAACGUUCCCCAAUUUCAUCCAGAAAGGACUUUGUGUUGGAUUCUUUUUUGCGGCCAGCAACUACGGCUCGUCGCAAAGACUUUACUCUUGGAGGUUUGAACAGCAGUGAGACCUGCGCAAUGUCUGGUAUAUUGCGGCAGGCUUCGAUUGAAAAAAUUGGCUCCUCCCACAUAGGCAGCAUUGUAAAUAGUGCUAGCAAAUCACGGCUCGGCGGUUACGGUGGUGUUCAGGAAAGUGGGCGGAUUUCUACGCCAGAAAAUCAUCUGCUGUCUGCUCGACUGCAGCGAGUGCCCGCUGUCGGUGAGAGGCAGAGAAUCUCUCCCACCCACAGACUGCCACCUAUGAAAGCCAAAAAGAAGCAGAAGCGAUGUUUGAUAUGUGGGAAGAAGACCGGACUCGCCACAAGCUAUCAGUGCCGGUGCGGAAAUAAUUUUUGUGCCAGCCACCGGUAUGCAGAGUCACAUGACUGCACGUUCGAUUACAAGACAGAAGGCCGCAAGCUCUUGGAACAGAACAACCCAUUGGUCAGCGCCCCUAAACUGCCCAAGAUUUGA